AUGCCGCUCAGAGCCUGCACCGGCGGCUUCUCCUCACCCCUCGCCGCUGCGGCCUCGCUGGCCGCCGCGCCCGCCGCGCCCGCUCUCCUGACGCACGGCCGGCCGCCCAGGCGCCACUACGCCGCGCCGGCCCCCGACCCCCCGGACCUGCCGCCGUGGCCGCGCUCCCCGCACCCGACGCCCUACGAGAUCCUCGGCCUGCCGCGCGGCGCGCCGUACUCCAAGCGCCGCUUCUACCAGCUCGUCAAGCUGUACCACCCGGACGCGCACGAGCGGGUCGCCGCGACGGGCGCGCACAACAUCUCCAGCGCCGCGCGCCUCGAGAGGUACCGGCUCGUCGUGGCGGCCAACGAGCUCCUCGGCGACGCCGCCAAGCGCCGCCUGUACGACCGCCACGGCGUCGGCUGGACGGACGGCGCACGCGGCCCCCGCCGCGAGGCCGACCGCGCGUGGAGGCACCGCCCCGGCAACGCCUCCCGCAACGCCACCUGGGAGGACUGGCAGCGCUGGCGCGACGAGAGGGACGGCCGCGCCGAGCGGGUCUACGUGAGCAACGGGACGUUUGCCGCCCUCGUGGUCUGCAUGUGCAUGGUCGGGGCGCUGGCGCAGAUGAACCGCGCCGAGGCGCUCGGGGAGCAGCACGCCGGCUUUGCGCAGCAGCGGGACUGGGCGGUUGGGCAGCAGAUGAGGGACGGCACCCUGGCCGCCGAGGGGCGCAGCAAGGGCGAGAGGGUCGAUUGCUUUCUGCGCGAGAGGGGGAACGCGGCGUUUGGCUAUCGGCCGGGCAAGUUUGACGAGGGGCCGUCGCAGCCCGCCGGUAGAAGUAGGACUGACUAA